AUGAGUUCAUUAAAUCCCAACCUCUCUUCGCCCUUUAGCUUCCCAGAUGCCGACCGAACCAUUCUUGUCACCCACGAAGGACAGCUUGUUGUUGGUCAAGUGUCCUCAGCUGCCAUGAGCAGAGCUAGUCCCGUCUGGAAGAAAUUCAUUACGCCUCCAUUUAGUCGCCUUGUGCCAACCUCAAGAAGUGAGACACCCACAUCAGAAUUCUCAAGCGCAGAAAGCAUCACCUCUGUACAAGGUCACGACGACAUAAACCCAACUGAGGAGUACAACAUUCAAGAGCCUGGAUAAUCACCACUGGAAUUUCAGGAGGACGAUUCCGAGGCUUUGCUCAUUCUGCUCAAGAUCGCACACGUUCAGUUUGCCAAUAUCCCCACCAAGUUGCCCUUUGACAAGUUGUUGGCAGUUGCGGUCCUUGUUGAUCUAUAUGACUGCGUUGAACUUAUCAUGCCCUGGGUUCAGAGCUGGGUUGCCGACGAAGCCACCGAGUCCAUGAAGGAUGGACAGGAAUCAUGGCUGUUUAUUGCAUGGGUUUUUGGCCGUGAAGAGGUCUUUGUAAACUUGGCCGGGGCCUUAUCAAGAAAGUUGGACGCGAAAGCUGAGGAAAAGUUUUGGCUGGCCCGAUACCCCCUUUAA